GAGCUCAAGCAUAUUCUAGCACAACCGUGUGUGCAUGAUAUCCAUGCAAAUACCAUGAAACAACACAUCCAGCAUAUUUCCACCUCACCUUCUGUGCCUUUUAGGCUUACUUUUCGGGAGGAGAGAGAGAGGGGUAAGGCAGCUUUGGGAGGUCGUUGGUCCAGUAUGCUGUGAUCCCCCGUCGAAUAUCCGAACCCACACGUCAACUUGAGCAAGUUUGAAUCGUACACCUGGACAUGUUAUAAAUUCCGCCUUGUCUGUUCAUCUGUUUCUCGUUUCCUUCGCUUUCACCUCGUUUUGCGUCUACCUUGUCACCAAUUUUCUCAGACAAUUUCAUCAAUUGCAGACAUGAGAAUCAACCAGCAGAUCUGGCUCUAUGCCAUCGCCAACCUUAUCAGCAUGGGCCUCGCUACCCCUCUCAAGAGCCCAGCAAUGAUGGGUUGGGAAUCAAACUUCCCCUACACUUACACCCCCAUCUACUACACCGCCGAAGAUGUAGCCGAUUGGAGCCCUCCCUCCCCAGACCCCUCCCCAGACACCUCCACCGGCGCCUCACCAAACCCCCACCACCUAACCAAACGCGUCUGGCCCUACGACAGCCCCUUCUGGGACGGCACCUUCCCCGCCGACCAACCACCCCCCAAAGUCGGUCAGUUGAACUGCGGACUCAUGUUGGAAGCAUGUUAUCAGCAAGUAGACCUGCUACCGGAAUACUCCGAAGACCACAUCAGAGGCAAAUUGUGGCCGCAUUUCGCUUGCCAGGGUAUGCUUUGUAUUCAAACCAAGAAGCUUUGUGCGUAUAAGGCUGGUUGGUGGUGUGGUGCUCCGUAGGUGUUGGAGAGGGGGAAGGAUGGAGGAAGGGGGAUUGGCAUUGGGAUGAUGUGGGUUGCUUGAUUGGUAUGGUUAUGAGAGGGGGAAAUGGUGAUUUUGGUGUG